AGGGGUAGAGAAAAAAUGGCAUUUGAAUGCAUACAAUACAUGCAACUCUGAGAAGCUGUGCGUCUUUUAGAUACACGAACAGUAUUGGGUCUCACAGUUUAUCUUAUUCAUAAAGCCUACUUCUGUGCGUAAUCGCGUAAUUUUUUCCCCAGCCGGAAUUGACUGGGGCAGUUCGUGAAAGUCAUUUUGCUGUUGGGUUCGUAGUGGAAGUUUUUCGCCGACAUAAAGACAGAAAAAGUGAAAAGCAGGAGUCCCCAUCGGAGGAGGGGAGGGGAGGGCUGGUGCGUCCCAGCCCUCUGCAUCCAGCUGGAGCGUCGCUCCGCAGCAGCAGCGCGCCACUUUCACUAUGGCUUUAGCCGCAAGCAGGACGCUCUUGGCGCUAUUCGUCACGUUUUGCGCACCACGAUGCGGAUGGACAGCAGAGAAGCCCCUGAGGCCACACAGUGGGAAACAGACAUCUGUGGACAGGGGCCUGAGGGAGAGCUGGGAGCCUUCUAUCCAUCUGGAUGGAAGACCUGUGGACCGCUUCGUCAUCAGCUCCAGCAAACCCACGAGGUCUCACCGCUUCACUAGAGUGGGAAAGGACAGUCGCUCUCACCUACUGGAGGAUGUAGACCCCGACUGGGUUAACCUGGAUGGCUUUGCUGUGUUGGGUGGUGCACCUGUCAGCAACUCAUCAGCAGGUCCAGCCAGGUCUCCACAAAGAUCUACCAGAAAUCAGCCCUUCGUACAACGGGCCGCCAGGGCGGGCAGAACAGCUCACCCAUUGGGCGUGUCUAACACCAGGACACACAGGAGGGCCCCUCAGUCCUCUUCGGGCCCCAGGCAGCCUGAGAGAGCUUCUGCUGGAGCCCCCCCACUUGAAAGAAGACGCCAACAUCACACAAAGCCUCAAUCUGACCAGAGGAACCGAAACACACAAAAACUAACAUCUGAGUCCGUUCAUGUGGUGUCACUGCAGGCACAGAAGGCCCAGGGCCAGAGCGCAUCGGCUAACAGAGCGGUCGCAACCAAAACAACCACACCAGAGCCACCAGAGUACGAGGCACGGGACAUCAGUGUCAGGGUCAUGUCUCCACAGUCAGUUCUCAUCUCCUGGAUUGACCCUGCUGUUGAGAUGGGGAAGGUGGACCCCGGGACAUCCAGAGCUUAUACAGUCAGGUACAGGGAAAAGGGUGAGUCAGCACGCUGGGAGUACAAGGACAGUCCUCAGAGGAGACUGAUGAUCGACACCCUGUCGGCUGACAGCAUGUACGAGUUCUCUGUCAGAAUCUCUCAGGAAGAAAAUCACGGGAAGUGGAGCGUCUCCGUCUUUCAGAGGACCCCUGAGUCAGCACCAUCUGGUCCACCAGAGAACUUUGAGGUCAAGCCACUACGAGGGAAAGGAACCGCCGUCAUUGCAACAUGGGAUCCACCUGAAGAGCCAAAUGGGAGGAUACGAGACUACAUCCUGUCUUAUGCUCCUGCUAUGAAGCCAUUUGGAAUGAAAAGUAUAACGUACCGUGGCAGCACCAUGACAGCCACCAUAGAUGGCCUCACGCCAGGGGAGAGGUACAUCUUCAAGAUUAAAGCCACCAACAGACGAGGACAGGGGCCUCAAAGCAAAGCCUUCAGUGUUGCCAUGCCAGGAUCCACCAGUGCUGCCUCAUCACUACCCAAAACCAAGGACAGCCGCAGGACUAGCCAUACACCAUCCAGGCAAGAUACCAACCCUGAUGAGUCUGAUGUCCAGUCAACAGAAGUACAAGAAGAACCAACCACACCCCCUCAGCCACGCCCUGCUGUACCUUUCAACAGGCGUGUACGCCCACUAUCCCAGACACGCUCCUACCACAGCAUCUUCUCCUCUGUAAGGGGCUCGGUCAGGAACACAGCAAACAGAGGGUCAUCCAGAGGAAGAGCUCAAGAUAGAGAGAAGGAGGAAGAAGAAGCAAAAAUACCAACAACACCACCUCCAGUAGUGGAGACAACAACCAUGGAGGUUGUACCAGAGACAAAAGAACCAGACAACAAUGUUGCCCCUGAAUCUGAGGAUGAAGAGCAAUAUGAUGAAGAGCCCCUGACUACUGACACCCCCAGCCUCAAAGUUAUGAUGCCCUCCCCCACCAAACCUGCAGCCACUCACCCCAAACCACCGGCCAGGAGGCCCAUUAAAGUGAGGGUCCAUCAAAAACCAGGAUCCAAAACUGCUUCCUCCUCAUCAUCCACCUCUUCAUCUUCAUCUGCAUCAUCUUCAGCCACCUCCUCUUCCUCUGAUUCCUCCUCGUCAUCUACCUCUUCAUCUUCAUCUUCAUCUGCAUCAUCUUCUUCAUCUUCUGCCACCUCCUCCACUUCUGAUUCCACCUCAUCAUCCUCACCUUCUACAACCUCAUUAUCCUCCUCUUCACAUAGCCAAGAGUCAGCAGCCAGUAGGAAAGAUUAUGUGGCGUCCACAUAUCCAGAGAGCAAAAACACGUAUGAUAAGCCUGGCAUAACUCAUGCAAAACCCUCCACUACAGUUGUAAAAGAAAUGGAGGCUACAUCUGUAGGAAGAGGCUCAGCUUCAGCAGGGCGCAACAAUGGGUUUGCUUAUGGUUCUAGAUAUGGUUACAGUCGAAGACAUCCAGGAAUUUUAUUUAGAGGGAAUUCAACUCGAAUGCUGAAUGGUCAUAAACCUUCCAUCACCUCACAGGUGAAUUCACCUAGCAGAACUCCAAAUCAAGCAACAUCAAACACACAUAGUUCAGAAACAUCACAGUCCACCUCACCAGACACCACUCAAAACCACAGAACAUCAAAUACUUUCAAUUCUGCAACAUCCAGGUCUCCUUCAGGAAGUGGAACCCACAGCCAGGCAACAUCAGAUCCAUAUAACCUGGAUAAUCUGCAGUCCAAAUCAGAGUCUAGCUCUCAAGGGUCUACAACUUCACAGAGCUCAGGCACCAAUCCAUCCACUGCACAGAGCAGUUCAAACCAGCCAUCUGUCACAGACACAUCACGCUCAUCUCAAUCAACUUCACACAGAGGAUCUCACGGGUCUACAACUCCACACAACACACAGAGUUCACACACAUCACCUGAACAAGACACAACAAUCAGAGAGGGUAAUGAGGACAGUUAUCAUAAGAACACAGAUUCAGAGGUAACCAAAGUUGAGGACCCUACUUCAAGCUCUAAACCACAACCAACUGAGGAGGAGAGAAGAGUGGAAGAGGGAAGGGAGGUGAGCAGUAAUGAUAAACGGACAGUUCCUCGUACAGGAAUUAGUCGCUCUUUUGCAGAGAGGUUCCCUUGGCUUGCUAGUCGUUACCCAGGCAGGUUCGGUUCAGUGACAAGAACGUCAUCUUCCAGGCAGGAUGGCAGGACUCCUUUGACCAGGACUUCAUCCUCUGUCGGGGCUGGCACACCUGUCUUGACAGGGACACCGACUAGGGUUUCAGGGGCCACAGGUGCUGCAGGAGUGUCCAGGAUUCAGGAGACUAGUGAAGAUCUGAAAACACCCUCCAUUCAUGACUCGCUGAAGGAUGGAGUCACAGCAGGUUCAGCUAAGCCUUCUUUGACCAAUCAACAAACAGCAUCUAGCGUCCCUAGAAUCCCAACUACUUCAUUCUCUUCAUCUUCAUCCUCUUCGUCUUCAGCAGCCACUUCUUCAAACUCCAAUUCACAUCAUUCCUCAAACGGACACAGAGACUCAAAUACGCCCGUUCAUCGAGGAACCACCAAUGGCAAUAAUAAUGAUCAUGAUAAGGAUUAUCUUGAUGAGAGGAGUAGAGAAACCAGUGGAAAAAAUGACAGACUCACAGACCCCACAGCGGCCCACAAGAAUCCUAUAACUUCAGUUUAUCCUCAGAGAAACGUAGAGGACAAUCAGAGUGUGGAUACUUCUUCCAGGACAAGACCUGGAUCACCAUCUGGAGUCUCGCCAACUCAUCGUCGUCCUGGUGUAGGUGUGAACGGGAGGGUACGCUCUCCUCUGCUGGCUAACAGGCAGGCUGGUGGAUCUAGGAUUCCCAUCAGACCACAGUCAGCACAGAACUCAAGGCUUGGCUCUGGUUCAUCAUCAUCAUCAUCAACUGAUUCCUCUUCUUCCUCAAAUGUGCCCAAGCCUGUUUUAACCUCAGAUCGUGAUGCUGGCAGUGGUACCACCGUGACGAAGACAGGGGGAUUAAUUGGCGGCAACUCUCAGUCCAUAUCGUCAUCCUCAGCAUCUUCAUCCUCAUCUAGAGACAGGAUUUUGGGCCAAGGAGGUAGGACUCGCUAUCCCAUUGUCAGAGGAAAACCAACCAAUGGAGGGCAACUCAAGCCUGGCAAUGGAAAUGGUAAAAAUGGACGACCAAAUCUGACAGCAACAAAUGAGAAAGAAUCGUCCCCCUCUCAUGGAACCAGCAAGGCCGUUGGUCAAAAGUUUAUCACUGGACCUGAUGGAACCAAAUGGGUCAUAGAUUUGGAGCAGGGAGUUCUUAUGAACCAGGACGGACAAGUUCUCCAGGACUCUCAGGGCAAACCCAAGAGAGUUGUGCUUGGAGAAGAUGGACGCACGAUUUUUGACCUCAUGGGCAGUCCUCUGGUAAAUCAAGAUGGUAUGGCUCUGUUUGGCCACGGCAGAGAUAGCCGGCCUGUGGUAAACCCCAAAGACAAGGUCCUCAUGAUUGGAGGGAAACCUGUUCUUGGCUUGGACCUUCCUCACCUCAGGACGACCACCGCCACCACCACCACUACCACUACCACCACCACCCUGGCUCCUACCACGACACCUGAACCCACCACAACUGAAUGGUUCAUAGAGGAGUCUACCACUGCACUACCAUUCCCAACCUGUCCACCUGGAACCUUCUCCAAAACAGAUGAAUAUGGGUAUCCAUUGCUUGACCCAGAGGGAAUAUUGGACUGUUAUCCAGAAGAGGAAUCCUCAGGGAUGGAAAUGGACCACAUGGUUACAGUGACCAUGGUGCCUGAUGCUUUAGCUCUUGAGAAAGAUGAGCUUUUUGUCCGGACCACCAUGCCACCCACAACUACCACUACUGCCACCACCACUACCACAGAGAUCCCUGCUCCAGUGCCAGAAACCAGACGCAACAACAAAGGCCCUUCAUCAGAGUAUGACCUCAGUGGGAAGAAGAGAUUCACAGCUCCCUAUGUGGACUACAUCCGGAAGGACCCGGGUGCUCCAUGCUCCUUGACGGAGGCUCUGGAGUUUCUUCAGGUCGACGUCCUGGAAGACCUGAUAGAGAAGGACAGCCUGGCAGCCAAUCAGAAGCAACCGCCCAAAAACAAGCCUCAUAACUUCACUGUGGUUGCUAUGGAGGGCUGCCACUCGUUCAUCAUCCUGGACUGGGCCCGCCCACUGAAGGACGACAUGGUGUCAGGCUACAUGGUCCACAGUGCUUCAUAUGACGACGUCCUCAACAACAGAUGGUCCUCUAGAGCCUCCAGUGGGACCCACCUGCCUGUGGAGAACCUCAAACCCAACUCUAGGUACUACUUCAAGGUGCAGGCCAAGAAUGUGUUUGGUUUGGGACCCAUCAGCGAGACGCUCACCUAUGUCACCGAAUCAGACGAUCCUCUUCUCAUCGAACGGCCGCCUGGUGGGGAACCGAUCUGGGUUCCCUUCACCUUCAAGUAUAACCCAGCCCACAGCACCUGUAAGGGCAGCCAGUACGUCAAGCGGACGUGGUACCGGAAGUUCGUCGGUGUGGUUCUGUGCAACUCGCUGCGAUACAAGAUCUUCAUGGGAGAUGGCCUCAGAGAGCCAUUUUACAGUAUAGGAGACACGUUCGGCCAGGGAGAGGACCACUGCCAGUUUGUGGACUCCUACAGGGACGGGAGGACCGGCCCGGCAUACCUCUCAAAUGCUCUGCCCUCAGCACAAGGAUUUUAUCGUGCAUACAGACAGGAGCCAGUCACAUUUGGAGUCAUCGGCCGGCGCACGCCCCAUCCAUUCGUCGGCUGGUAUGAAUGCGGGGUACCAAUCCCCGGGAAGUGGUAACAAAGGAGGAGGAGGAGACGUUGUUACCGAGGGCAACCCUUCCGCAUCCUGCUGCAGGCGCUUACCGUCACUGGUCCUGCCCUUAAAAAGAGACUUUUGCCUGCCACGAUGAAAAGAAAGACACCACUACGAUUUUAUUACAGCUUUACAGAAAGAGAAUAUAGUACUUUAAAACAACUCAGUGUAUAUCAUUACCAUGCACUUUUUAUACAAAGCAGUCUGUAUAUGAGGGGAUAAAAGAAGCAUGUGUGCGCUAGCUUAGUUUCACUCUUGUCCUUACCAAAAGUGUCCUUACCAACUAUACGAGAGACCGGUCCUCACCCAGUGUUAUUUAUCUCAUCAGGAAUGCACACACAUGGUCAAACUUUUGACAUUGGACCAAAGCACAUGCUACAAAGCAAAACUGUAAGAAUGGACACUUAAGGAGUUGUAUAGGUCUGUUAAUUUUCAGUUGUGAGAUUUGUAUUUCAUAAUGUAACGGCUUCCGACAGCUGCAUUUUGUUUGUUUAUUUGUGUGUUUAAACCAUCAUACUGUUUGGGGUUUUUUUUUUUUACACCCUUUUGGUAUCCCCCGGAAUUCAUUAAAAGUUACUGUGUAAGUUUUGUAUGUAAUAUGGACAAAGAAUAAAAUAACCAAAUAUUUGCUCAGGAACUGUGGGAGAUUGAAUAAAGGUGCUAUGGAAACCACAGCAAUCCAAAAA